AUAUAUAAGCUGGGGCACACCUGCCAACAAUAAAGACUCGAGACGUCCACCAACUGACCUCAGCCUGUUACCAAAGUUCAGGUGCCUUGAGCGACACCGCAGCAUGCUGCCCGUGAGAGCGGCUGAUGUCCGGCACUGCGUCCUGACGAGCCGCUGGCUGCCCGCAGCUCUGGCGCUGCUCCUCCUCCUCUCCUCCAGCUUCAGCCGCGCUCACAGCACCACAGUGGAGCACGACUUCCACAUUGUUCAUAAUGUAGACAACAGAAGUCCAGAGAUAGACCCAUUCUGGUAUGUGGGGCGCGGGGUGAGACCCAUUGGGCGCUUUGGGAAGAGGCACAGCAGUCUGGAGGCUCUGGGCAGCGAUGGGAUGCCCGUCGUCAGGACGUUGGAGCUGCUGCUCAGCAGCCUGAGAAACAAGGAGAAUCUUGGAAAAGUGCUCGACGGGGAGGACGGUGAUUGGUUACCGUGAUGUGCUCUCCUCCCCACAUCCAAAAACUCAGUUUUAUUUUUUGUUUGUUAUUUUUUAAAAAUUGAGAUUAUAUACACGUCUUCAUAAUUAUAUUUCUCUUGUGUCUGUUAUGAGCCUCACCCAUGUCUGUACAUAAAA